CGCUCGCUGGGAAAUGUAGUUUUUUCCCCCUCGUCCUCCCAUUUUCCACAGGUUUCGCGAGGUUUGCAUGGGCGGGUUGUGUGUGGCUACAUUUCUCUGCCAGACGAACUGAACAAUAUUGAUAUGAAAUCUGCGUAAAGCCUUUGAAUUUCUGGAGGCAUGUCCAAGAAAAGGGGCAGAAAGCGGAGUAGCGGGGAACUGAGUGACACAGUAACCCCAGACCCCAACUGUAUUCUGGGCGUCCGUAUUCAGCACAACUGGCGUGAGAAGGGGAACCAGAGCAAAUGGAAGGGCACGGUGCUCGACAGGCUCAGCGUGAACCCCUCUCUCUUCAUGGUCAAGUACGAUGGCUUUGACUGCGUCUAUGGCAUCGAGCUGUUCAAGGAUGAAAGGGUGUCAAACCUGCAAGUCCUCACAGAAAAAGUUGUAAACAACAAGAUCAAGAUACCUCACGGGGCUGAGGAGCUAGUGGGCAAAGCAGUGGAGCAUCUCUUUGAAAAGGAAGAUGGAGAGAAGAAUGAAUGGAGGGGCAUGGUCCUCUCCAGAGCUCCAAUCAUGACCAACUGGUAUUAUAUCACUUAUGAGAAGGACCCAGUGCUUUAUAUGUACCAGCUGUGGGAUGACUAUGCUGAUGGCGACCUGAGGAUUCUGCCUGAAGCAGAAAACAAGCACCUGUUGCCUGCAGACAGGAAGCCAGGCGAGGAGACGGAGAGUCUGGUAGGGAAGCAGGUGGAGUACGUUACUGACAAGGGUGUGAAGAGAACAGGCCUGGUCAUCUACCAGGUCCCAGCCAAGCCCUCUGUCUACUACAUCAAAUAUGAUGAUGACUUUCACAUCCAUGUCUAUGACCUGGUCAAAACCACCUAGAUAUGAUGGACACUUUAUCUCACCCUCCAGUCCCCCUCCAUCUGCUUAAUUUUCAUUCAUUAGCAUCUCUCAUUCAAAGCCUUGGCAGGGUUGAACAGAUAAUAUGUUUUAUUGUUCAGAAAAAUGUGUAAUCUUUUUUUGGUAUGCACAGCAGAACUGUAGCAUUGCUAUGCUAGGCCAUUAGGAGGAAGGAGAGAUCUUCUACACAUGUGAGAGGUGUACCUCUUGGUUGUUGCUGCUUUACUUAGUAGUUUCAGUUUGGACAGUCCAGGAGUGCUCUUGCCCAACAGCUACAAAGUGCAGUUAUUACUGCAUUUGCAUUUCUGUCCCUAAGACUCUCACAAAUCUGUUCUUAUUCAACAUAGUUACACUGGCGACAUCCAAAAAUGUAAUAAAAUGUUAAAAAUGCUGCCCCAACUAGCCAUUUAAAGCAAUAUCUCUUUGAUAAGCAUGAUGCAAUUAUAAAUACGCCUUUCAUAGACUAGUUAAUACUUUCGGUGACCAGUGAAGUCUAAAGCUGCAAGACGAAAUGUUAUAUUGCAACUUAAUAUCACCAUAUCAGAAAAGCGGGUUUGUUAUUAAACGGCUCAUUUUAUUGAUUCAUGUCUAGGUUCAUGAACAGUUAAUCCCAAUUUACAGUUCUGCAGACUGGAUGGCUUACACAUGGUUGCACCAGCCUAUGUGAAGAACGGUGCCAUAAAUAAACCACACUGGCGUGCUUUAUAGAGGCCUGCCUCAGAGGCAGUUACUGCCAUAGUGUGCAUCGACAGAUCAAGAGUGUGUAUCUAGCCAUCCAAACAGAAUAUCGAAUCAGAGGUUAGUAUUAGAAGGGGUGAGUGGAGGUAGCAUUGAAACAUCACCUGAAUGUGGCCCUUGUACAUUAGACAAUGAUGAAGCCGCCACUGAUUCACAAGGUUAUUCUCAUUUGGAUAUACAGCCCUGCAGCAACCCCUUUUGAUCAUAUUUAGUAUUACAGCAUUAAUGGCUAUCUGAGUAAAGCCCCCCCCCCUUCCUCUAACGUUGAAGGCAGGUUUCUACAUAGGCGCUGACACUAGUUUAACAGCCCAAGGAACAGCAGAUUCUUUUUAUUGGUUAUGAAGAGGCAGUUUGCGAAAUUCUCACACAAAUUUGAUCCCACACAAAUCAUAAAGUGCCUUCAGGCUUGUCAUGUUGCAAUAUUGUAUAUAUAUCUGCUAUUUGCGCUCCUAGCCUAACAAAGCUUAUGAAGGCCACUAUUUGGUCUUUAUUAUUCGUUGAAGAGUUAGAUGCUCUAACAAAAAUUGUGACACUGACAGCUUGAGAAAAGUUUUGCAACCAUCAAUUUAUAUUAGAGGAUAUGUGCAAUGUUUUGCUGUUAAUGCAGUAUGAACAUGUUCUUCAAAUAUAACAUGCUUCGUCAUUGGUUGUAUAAUCUCAUUGUUGGUGAUAUUGUGGGGAGCGCUUGAUUAUAUAUUGUAUAAAAUUUAUAUGUUUAGGUUGUGGUACGCUAUAUUGUUUCCCAACAUGAUUUUUUGCUCAAGAAAAUGUGGCAAAAUAUGCUUUAUGUCACCGCAUGAAGAAACUUAAAAGUUAUUUGUUAUAACACAUUCAGCUUACAGUAUUUAAUCUGUAAAAUUUGUGUAAAAUGUACUGUAAUGUUGGCUGUUGUGAUUACUCUCAUUUAUGUGAAUAUCCCAUUAAAACACCACCAGCUUUUAGUAUAAAAAAAAGUCCUCAGUAUACAAAAAUAUUAAUGUGUAUAUCAAAGAUAUUAUAUGACAUAGACCAGUUUAUCAAGGCAGCAACUAAAAUUUGGGCCUUAGUCUUCAUAACUGUCUCUUAGACAUGAGACCUACGCCUAUGGUAUACAGUUUCAUCCCAAAUUUGCCAUUAUAUCCUAGAUGCAGGAAUAGGUCCCACCCUGUCUUCUCCAAGCCAUUCAGUGUAUCCAUCAGUAAACUAGUUGAUUGGUAGGUAUACUGUGACUUUACAUGCUGUGAUUUUUCAUGCUUUUCUAUUACUUGGCUGUCAAAAAUUUGCAUGCAUCAUUUGCAUAGUGAAGCCUCAGUUAUUUUGGCAGUGGAAGAGUGAAAAUGUCCGGCAGAAGCAGGCCUGUUUAUUAAACCCACAUUAUGAAAAAGGAAAAAGAAAAUAACACUUUAAUUUGAUAAGGUGACAAAAAAGAAGUCCAUGUUUAAGUUGGGCUGUAUCACCACCAGUGGUGCUGUGGUGUGUUGAGUAGAGUGGAAUUCCAAAUGACUGUGUGCACUCGUCACCCUUUUAAUCACUUCUCUUUCCUGUUUUGAAGUUGUAGCCGCAUUCACAGGCAAUUUGUGUCAUUAUUCUGUCAUGGGUAAUAAUAAAGAUUUUUGCACAUUU